GUCCGCCUACUGCUGCUGCUGAAUUACUGAAUAAUCCCACUACCUGGAUGGAAAAGAAUUUACUUCCUUUCUGGACUAUAGCAUUCUCAAUAUCCUUCCAUGAAACCGCAUACCUCACACUAACUUCUGAUUGUCACGAUUACCUGGUUGAAACAUCUUUGGCAAUCUGAUCCUCUCCGGGAAGACACAAUUGAAAAUGACCAAGACAACCUGAUGUCAGAACUUCCCCAAAGACCCAUGGAUGGACAGAACGUGCUUGGUUACUAUGGGAUCGGAAGGCCCACAUGGACUGGAUUUCCGUGGCCUGGUUUAGCAUCCACUGUGUGCAAAACAUGAGGUGCUGAGGGGGAAACGAAGAUGAGGGCGGCAUGGCUCCUGAUACCCAGAUGACUGUCACAUGAGACAGAACUUGUCUCGUGUAUUUGAUGAAGAUGGCUAAAGGCACGAUGGGAAUUACGAGAGACACAGUGAGCACAGCUAACUUGAAGGAUCAGUAGAAACUGGAGGGAGGUGUCCAACAUUUAGAGCAAAAAGUUAAAAAUACAGAGAAAUAUGGUUAUUAUAUACUAAUAAAAACUCACUACUUAAAAUUAAAUUUUGCAUGUUGUCACACUCAGACCUUUAAAAUAUAUAGGUAGAUGGAUGGAUGAUAGCCAGAUAGAUGAUACAGAGCUGAAGGGCUUUCCUCUUUCUCUAAGCCCCAUUCCCCUCUUCCUCCACGAGGGCACCCUUAUCAUGAAUUUGGAGCUUUUUCUGGAAGUGGUCUCGUAUCCAGUCUUUGAUGAAUGGCUAUGACUUUUGAUAGGCAGGGCUGGGGGAAGGAAGACUUUCCAGGGAGAGUCUGACACAGGCAGAGGCAUAGAAGUGGAGAAGUGAAGGAUGUACUGGGGCAAGUGCCUGUGGUUUUCUUUUGUCUGAAGCAUCUAAACCAGUAUAAGAAGGGGAUGGUGUGCUGUGAGGCUGAGAGGAUGACUUAGGGCUUGAACAUGGAGGGACUGAACGCCAGUGGAUAAGGCUGGUCUGCAUUUGGGCUUCGGAGUAGAGAAGGAACGUGAGGUGGUGAAGAGUACCAAAGGCUGGAGAUAGAGAGGCUGAAUUAGAGACCACUGCUAGAACUUACAGGCUGGGAUCAGGGCUGGUGACAGACGAGUUGGGAAGGAGAUCAUGAGGGGCCCUGGGCAGGCCGAGGGUCAGAUGACAGGAGGGAAGCUAGGAGGAGGGGCCCAUUAACGAGUGGGAGUGAGUGUCCAUGUGCAGGUGUAUGUGUGCGCGUGUGAGUGACUGUCUAGGCGUGUGUGAGGGAGCGAGCUCCAUAUGGGAACCCCAGGGGGCUGGACUCACACCUAGGGUGGAGGAGAGACGUCAAACCCUGACGGGCAUCAGGGUAGAUUGCAUCUGCUAGUAGGUCGGAGCUGACUCCUUGAGUCAGGAGGAGAUGUUUACAAACACGAGAAAAGAUCUCGAAGAACACAUCUCUGUGGACCGCCAACACCGAAGGAUCAGAAGAGAGCUCAGAAAGGUGAAGAGGGCCUGCCGAGGGAUCCGAGGAACCAGUGGCCAGGGCUGGGAAGGGGCAGUGCCCAGCCCUAGGCAGGGGUGAAGGCCUCAAUAGAACUGGCCCGACGCGCUUCCUGCACCCCUCCUCGUUGCAGCAUCACCCAGCAGCUGGUUAAAGGGGGCAAGCCACGUGGUGUCCAGGUUAGCGAGCAGGUGGGUACCUAGUACGCCUCAGGCCCCGCCCCCUCACUCCUCUUGCGCGACGAUUGGCCGAGGCUCCCCUUCUCGUUGCUAUGACAGCCCCCGAAGGCUGCCAUUGGCUUCUCCCUACGCCUUCCCGCCCCAGGCCCCGCCUCUCUCCCGUCCCAAGCGGCGAUUGGUGGAUGCAUCCCGUUGCUAUGACAGCAUGCGAUGGUUAACAGUGACUCCUACCCCCACCUUUCGGCUUCUACGCCCCAGUUGGGAGGAAGGCGGGCCUGGCCGCGUCUCCGUGGCGACGGCGGACGCGGUGCAGGCAGCUGGUACCUACCGACUAGAAAGGCUCAGGCGGCAGCCGGGAUCCAGACUGGGGCGGGAUCAUGUCGGACCUGGGCUCGGAAGAGUUGGAGGAGGAGGGAGAGAAAUAUCUUGGGGAAUACGAAGGGGAGCGGAACGAGGCCGGUGAGCGGCAUGGACAUGGGAAAGCGAGACUGCCCAAUGGGGACACGUAUGAAGGGAAAUACGAAUAUGGUAAAAGGCACGGCCAGGGGACCUACAAAUUUAAAAGUGGUGCGCGGUACAUUGGAGAAUAUGUUAAAAAUAAAAAACACGGUCGAGGCACUUUUAUCUAUCCAGACGGAUCAAGAUAUGAAGGGGAGUGGGCGGACGACCUGAGGCAUGGCCACGGCGUGUACUACUACGUCAACAAUGACAGCUACACCGGGGAGUGGUUUGCUCACCAAAGGCACGGGCAAGGCACCUACUUCUACGCGGAGACGGGCAGCAAGUACGUGGGUACCUGGGUGAACGGCCAGCAGAAGGGCACGGCCGAGCUCAUCCACCUGAACCACAGGUACCAGGGCAAGUUCUUGAACAAAAAUCCCGUUGGCCCUGGAAAGUACGUGUUUGAUAUUGGCUGUGAACAGCACGGGGAAUAUCGCUUAACAGAUGUGGAAAGAGGAGAAGAGGAUGAGGAGGAGACACCGGUAACUGUCGUUCCAAAAUGGAAAGUGACCAAAAUCACAGAAUUGGCCUUGUGGACCCCGCCCCACCCCCAGGAGCAGCCCGCUGCGGAUGGACCAAGCCAGGGCGAGGCCCCAGGAGCUGAGGACGGGGGAGAGCCGGUGGAGGAGGUCCAGCCUCCGACCGACGACAUGUCAGAGGGGGAAUUAGAUUCAGUGCAUCCUGGAGAGGAGGAGGGAGACGCCAGCAGGGAGGACGGAGAGGAAUUCCACUACGACAGCUUAGAGCAGGGAAACGUUAAUUUUGAAGAAGAGGAAGCCAGACAGCCAGAGCUGCUGGAUUAAGAUGAAGCAAAAGCCCGAGUGGUAGGAGGUUGAGUCUGAAAGAUGCUUCUGUUACCAGGGUAGUUAUUACUCAUCUAUCACUAAUCUUUCUUACUUAGUUGUUUGUUAAGAUGUUUUACAGUUGCAAAUAAAUUUCUUCAUUAUCCUUUGUUUAUGAA